GUGAAUGAAAAAUGUUUUUUUUUAAGAAAAUAACUAUGAAUUUUUUUAUUUGCAAGGAAUGGAAUUAUAUAAAAAAAAUUAAAGACUCCCAAAAUAAUUACAAUUUUUUCCUACAAGAAUGGAGCAAAUUAAUAACCCAUUAUUAUUAUUAUUAUUAUUAUUAUUAUUAUUAUUAUUAUUAUUAUGAGAUAGAAUAACCAUCUAUUCUCCUCAAACACCUCAAUCAUUCACAGCCACUAAUAACAAAAGAAGAACAAUAACCAAUUAAUUAACUUCAAUUACUUAAUAAGAAAAGGUCAAACUCUUAAUUAAUUAAUUAAUUAUUAUUUCUUCAAUUAAUUUUCUCAAGAGAAAAGAAAAGAGAAAGAUCAUAGGAAAAACAAAAGAAAACAUAAAGAGAGAAAAGACAGAGAAUUUUUGAUGAUUGAUGAUGAUGUUUGAGAUUAUUAUUAUGAAUGUGUUAUAAGAAAAGAAAUAUAAUAUAUAUUUAUAUUUAUUUAUAUAUAAAUAAUGGCUUAUAGUAAUUCAAGCUCCAUUAAUGACUUUGGAAGCUUUUCAUUUGGAGAUAGCCAAUGCAGAGGGAGACUCACUGAGCUAUUCACCAAAGUGGCUAUUAAUCUUUUGGGAUUUUUCUUAAUUGCUGGUCUUUGUAAUGCUUUUCAUUACAUUUUGAAGCCAAUUUCACAACCAAGGAUCACCUCAGAUACAUUUGUUGGUUUACUAAUUGGAAACUUGGGAUUUGUACAAAGAGCAGUAAACUACUCAUCAGCAAAAACACUAAGAUUCAUAAUAGAUUUUGGAAUGAUUUGUUACAUGUUUGCAUUAGGUAUAGAAAUGGAUCCAUAUGCACUCUUUAGAGUACCAACAAAAGAUGCAAAAGUAGCCUAUGCAGGAUUAGUGUCAACCUUCAUCUUAGCAUGUGCUAUAAUCCCAUUCAUGCAUUACACAAACCAAUUUGAAACAGCCUUCACACUCUCACUCUCCAUUGCCCUUUCAAGCACAGCCUCACCGGUCCUCACUCGCCUCAUAACAAGCCUAAAAAUAGGCAAAUCAGACAUAGGAAGGCUUGUGAUCGGUGCAGGAAUGCACUCUGAUUUCAUAACCACUCUUGUAUUCUCCCUAGGGUACAUAAUUUACCCGGUUCAUAAAGAUGGCGAUCAUGAUCUACAUCCCGCUACAUUUACUCAACUUAAAACCGCCAUACAAAUGAGUUGUGCAUUGUUGUUUCAAACAAUUGUUGCAGCUACAUUGUCACCAAUUUUCAUGAAUUGGGUCAAUAAUGAAAAUCCAGAAGGGAAGCCUUUGAAAGGGUCACAUUUGGUGCUUUCGGUUGCUUUCAUGACUUUGAUUUGUUGUUGCUCACCGGUGUAUGGAUAUAGCCCGAUUUUGAGUGCUUUUAUGGCUGGAAUUUUUAUGCCAAGAGAAGGGAGAGUGUCAAAAUGGGUGGUUAGUAAGAUUAAUUACUUGUUAACUACUUUGUUUUACCCAAUAUUUUUCUUUUGGAUGGGGUAUGAGGCUACUUUGGUGGAUUUUGAGGUUGGUCAUUUGAUGACUUGGGCAAGGUUGUUUGUGCUAUUUGGUGUAGCUACUAUUGGUAAAGUUUCUGGUACAAUAAUUUCUGGUGCUAUGUUGGGAUUCAAUUGGCCUGAGUCUAUUGCAAUUGGCUUGCUUUUAACCACUAAAGGACAUUUUCACAUUUACUUGGCUAUUGCUGCAAAAACAGCUGAAGCAACAUCAACAUCAACCACAAUAGUAAUGAUAAUUGCAGUGUUUUUCACUGUUGUUCAUGCACCAUCAGUAGUAGCACAAAUCAUCAAACGCGCAAGAAAACGCGCACCAACACACCGAAUGGCACUUCAAUUGCUUGAUCCAUCAAACGAAUUAAGAAUCUUGUUAUGCCUUCAUGGACCUCACAAUGUGCCUAGCACAAUAAAUUUCAUGGAAAUAUCUCGGGGCUCGGCUGAUCCUGGCAUUGUUGUGUAUGUAACCGAUAUGAUUGAGCUCACAAACGAAAUUUCAGCCACAUUGGUGAAGGGAGAUGGACCGGACACUGUGACUGUAACCGAUGCUGGUGUGGUUGAGAAGAGAAAUCAAGUUACUAGCGCGGUUGAGGCUUAUGUCAACGAAAAUGGCGAUGGUAUCACGCUUAGACGAAUGCUUGCACUCUCAACAUUUAGUGGAUUGUCUCAAGAUGUAUGCAUUUUGGCAGAGGAUUUAAUGGUUGCUCUUAUUAUAUUGCCUUUUCAUAAGACUUUGAAAGCUGAUGGAACACUUGAUGGUGGCAAUUCUGGUUUUCGAUAUGUCAAUCGAAAGGUGUUGAGGAGUGCACCAUGCUCAGUUGGGAUUUUAAUUGACAGAGGUUUUGGAUUACAAGACAAAAUGUCAAAACCUUAUGUAACACUCAAUGUAGCUGUGAUAUUCAUUGGUGGUAAAGAUGAUAGGGAGGCAUUAGCCUAUGCUAGCCGAGUAGCGCGCCAUCCAGGAGUGAAGCUCACAGUGAUAAGAUUCUUAGUCGACGCAAAUUCAGAAAACGCGAUGAGAAGGACAGGAAACUAUAGAAUCAACAUCGACGAGCAACAAGAGGAAACCAACCUUGACGACGAAUGCUUUGCUGAUUUCUAUGAAAGAUUUGUUGGGAGUGGUCACGUUUCAUACAUGGAAAAACAUCUUGCUAAUUCAGCUGAGACAUACUCAACUUUGAGAUCAUUUGAAGGACAAUACUCACUCAUCAUUGUAGGGAGAGGUGGAAGAGUGAACUCAGUUUUGACAUUUGGUAUGAAUGAUUGGCAACAAUGCCCCGAAUUAGGCCCCAUUGGAGAUGUUCUUUCGGGGUCAGAUUUUUCGGCUACAACUUCAGUUUUAAUCAUCCAACAACAUAAUCUAAGAGGAGAAUUAGAUGGUCUUGAUGAUGAUUUCUCAAUCAUGUAAUAAUAGAGUCUUUUGAUUUUUGAAAUUAGACAAAGAAACUUAGUUUAGAGCUACUUUAGGCAUAUAAUGUUAUAGUAUCAUAUACCAUAACACUUGUAAGAAAGAAAAGAGUUAAGUUAGAGGAGAGAAAAGAGUUAGAGGUAAAUAUAGUGUAAAAUCAAGUGUAGGAUUUAAGCUAUAGAAAAGUGUUUGCCUUAUAACAACUUUUUUUUACCAAUUCAAAUUCAUUCUUCUUA